AUGCAUCACCAUUCCUCUAGACUCACACCAAAGCUUCACCGAGUACUUCAAGUAAAAAUGGCUUCAACGGUUCAACCCUGUGCUGAAUCCCUCCUUCUCCUCCGGACACUUCGGUCACUCUGUUCCGCGCUCGCAGUUUCGUCUUCUAUAACACCACAAUCAAAAGCAUCUUUUUGGCAUCAUGAACACCACAACAUUUGGAUCAAAUGUAGAGACAUCCAAAAACCUACAAACUUAUCAUUCAGAAGACAUACAAAAAAUGGAAUUUCAUGUGUGGUUAAAAGCAAUCAUGAAGAGGGCCUUACAUAUAAAGAAGCUGGUGUUGACAUAGAUGCUGGUUCAGAGCUUGUACGCAGGAUUGCCAAGAUGGCACCUGGAAUUGGAGGCUUUGGUGGCCUUUUUCCACUUGGGGAUUCGUAUCUUGUAGCUGGUACAGAUGGUGUAGGAACCAAACUUAAGCUGGCAUUUGAGACCGGAAUCCAUGAUUCCAUUGGAAUUGAUUUGGUGGCAAUGAGUGUGAAUGACAUCAUCACAUCUGGAGCAAAGCCUUUGUUCUUCCUUGAUUACUAUGCAACAAGUCGCCUUGAUGUUGAUCUUGCUGAAAAGGUUAUAAAAGGAAUUGUCGAUGGUUGCCAACAAUCUGACUGUGCUCUUUUGGGUGGAGAGACUGCAGAAAUGCCAGAUUUUUAUGCAGAAGGAGAAUACGAUCUUAGUGGUUUUGCAGUUGGAAUUGUGAAAAAGGAGGCGGUUAUAAAUGGCAAGAAUAUAGAAGUUGGAGAUGUGCUUAUUGGCCUCCCGUCUAGUGGGGUCCACUCAAAUGGUUUCUCACUUGUUCGAAGGGUGCUAGCGAGAAGUAGGCUUUUAUUGAAAGACAAACUCCCGGGUGGCGGCUUCACAGAUAACAUCCCUCGUGUUUUCCCAAAAGGGCUUGGUGCUCUUGUUUAUAACGACUCGUGGCCGGUCCCCCCUGUUUUUAAAUGGAUCCAAAAGGCUGGAGGGAUUGAAGAUGGUGAAAUGAAGAGGACUUUUAAUAUGGGAAUUGGGAUGGUUUUGGUUGUUAGCAAAGAGGCUGCUGAAAGGGUACUUAAGGAAGAAGGUGGGAUGGUGUAUCGUAUUGGUGAAGUUAUAAGCGGUGAUGGUGUCAGUUAUCAGUAAUUUUGAUGACUUGCUUCUUGUGACCCGUUGUUACUUUGAGGUAUGGAUUUUACUAACAUAAAACUUGUGGGUUUUGAUCCAUUGCUGUUUUAGCAUUCUACUUUGUAAUUUUGGAGAUGUCAAAUAAAUAUUUUUUCGGGGAUUUUGCGACUUAAGAGUCAUGUUUGUCUGUGUAUUGGAGCU